AUGAAUAAAACAAUAACUUCAUCAACAUAUGUAAGGUGCUUAAAUGUUGGCCUGAUUAGGCAGCUGGCAGAUUUUAUUGAUCCUCAAGAAGGAUGGAAGAAGUUAGCAGUUGAUAUAAAAAAGCCUUCUGGAGAGAGUAGAUAUAACCAGUUUCAUAUAAGGAGAUUUGAAGGAUUACUUCAAAGUGGAAAGAGUCCCACUAGUGAAUUACUCUUUGACUGGGGAACCACAAACUGUACAGUUGGAGAUCUUGUGGAUCUUUUAAUCAAAAAUGAAUUUCUAGCACCAGCACGCCUGUUGCUGCCAGAUAGUGUUCCAGAAAUUGUCCAUGUACUUCCACAAGAAAAAUUCGCCACUCAGAAGAAAUUGCUGCCUCCUUAUGACAAAGAAAAGACACAUGUGAAACCUGUUCAAAAUCAUGAACACAUCUCUUCAUCUCUAGACUCCUCAAGUCUAGAAAGUUUAGAAGUUAGUGAUACAUGUUUUCAGAGCUUUUCGUUUUAUGAAUUAAAAAGUGUUACAAAUAAUUUUGAUGAGCGCCCUAUGUCUGCUGGUGGAAAUAAAAUGGGAGAAGGAGGCUUUGGAGUUGUCUAUAAAGGCUGUAUCAACAGCAGAACCGUAGCAGUGAAGAAACUUACAACAAUGACUGAUAUGUGUACUGAAGAACUAAAACAACAAUUUGAUCAAGAAAUAAAAAUACUGGCAAAGUGUCAACAUGAAAACUUAGUACAACUGCUUGGUUUCUCAAGUGAUAGUGAUGACUUCUGUUUGGUGUAUGUCUAUAUGCCCAAUGGUUCAUUGCUUGACAGACUAUCUUGUCUGGAUGGCACUAAACCACUUUCCUGGCAUACAAGAUGCAAAAUUGCUCAAGGUACAGCUAAUGGUAUCUACUACUUACAUGCAAACAAUCAUGUUCAUAGAGAUAUUAAAAGUGCAAAUAUUUUACUUGAUGAGGGCUUCUUACCCAAGAUUUCUGACUUUGGACUCGCACGAACUUCCGCAAAAUUUAACCAAACAGUCAUGACUAGCAGAAUUGUGGGAACAACAGCCUAUAUGGCACCUGAAGCUUUGAGAGGAGAGAUAACACCUAAAUCUGACAUUUAUAGUUUUGGCGUGGUCUUGCUAGAAAUAAUAACCGGACUUCCAGCAGUAGAUGAACAGCGUGAACCUCAGUUAUUGCUAGAUAUCAAAGAAGAAAUUGAAGAUGAAGAAAAGCAUAUUGAAGAUUAUAUUGAUGCAAAAAUGAAUGAUGUGGAUUCCACUUCUGUUGAAAAUAUGUAUUCUAUUGCUAGUCUUUGUCUUCAUGAAAAGAAAAAUAAGAGACCAGACAUUGAGAUGGUAAAACAUCACCUCCAAAAGAUGACGUCUUCCUGAUUUCCUCAAAUUUUAUUAAGAAAACUUUGAAAAAUUGAAGAUUGAACCCUGGGUUAGUCACUCCAAAAAAUAAUUUUUUUAAUGUACAAAGUUUUGGAACCCUAGCCUGUACAUCAGGACUUAUAUUUUUUUAUUUUAAUUUAUGUUAUUGCCCUUGCUUUAUAAUCUGACUCAGGAACCUAGCUCUCUUUAGAAACAAUCUUAUUAGUCUUAUUUCUAUAGUUAGAUUUAUAGGAUAAUGUUUAAGCUUUAUCAUAGUUCACCAGUAGAUCAAAAAGACCCUUAACUUUACAUUAUUUUUUCUUCUGCUAUAUUAGAUAAAAUUAGAUUAGACCUUUUUUUGCUAUUUUCAAUAUGAUUCAAUAAUUACCUUUAAUCAUUUUUAUCUGUAUUUAGCACAGAAUGGUUAAUUUUUAAAGCUGCUGUGAUUAAAAUCAAGGCAAACUGAGGCACAACAUUCCAAGUACAUUCAAUUUAUCGGUAAGGCUAGCAUUUACCAAUAAAAGGAGUCUCCUGACUCACUCAAAAGACCACAAGGUAGGGAUUGCUAGCCUUCAUAUAGUUUUGGGAAAUCCAAGAGGUCAAAGAGUAGCAAGUUUAAAAGUAUGACCAGUCAUGAAGUCUGAAUUAUCAUAGAUGAUGGAAGACUGAUUGGAUGGAAAUCAGGAAUGCAGAACUAACACCAUCCCCUCCUUCCAUCUUGUUGCUAUGAAAAGUUUACUGGUGAUAUCCACCUGUAUGGAAGAGUCCAGACUUUUUUGAAGGACAGUAAGCAUUAUAUGGUACCAGACUUCCUAGUGCCCACCUGCUUCUUGCAACCCUUGUUACUGGGAUAACAGGUUUCUCUGUAAUUGUAUAUGGGCAGUAAAAUGUGAGGAUAGUUAAGCAGUGCAAUGGAGAGAGCCUCUGGCUUGAAAUCAGGAAAACCUGAGCUGAAAUAUGGCCCCAGGCAUUUAUUAGUGGUCUGACCGUGGCAAGUCCUUAACCCCAUUGGCCUCAGUUUCCUCAUCUAUAAAAUGAUCUGGAGAAGGAAAUGGGAAACCACUCCAGAAUCUU